AUGGUCCUCGUUUUGGAUGUCUUGCCAUGGGAGCCAAGCGACUGGCCAAAAGCUUUCGCAACAUCUCCAUGGAUGAGCACCACCGCUUUCGUGAUUUUCCGUGGCAUCGUUGCCAUUGCGUUAGUGGGGCAUGCGGUUGCACAUUUCCUGACGUUCUGGCCGCAAGAGGAUUGGUUUUAUUUCAUCUAUUUUUCACGCUGGGUCACUGCAUUGGAAGUCCUUGAAGAGAUCCUGCACUUCGCCACCGUUUUUUGGGGGUCCAGGCGACUUCGCAUUAGUGAUACGUCGCAGAGCAUCCCAGUCCUCGUGAAAGUGGUGAUAGUGCUGUUCUCCAUGGUGCUGCCCUCUUCAAUCUUGUCUGCAAUUUUGUACUACGCGUUUGCACCCUCGUUCCCGCCUCCAGUCCCAUACGUAAGCCUCUUCGUCCACGGCGGCGACGUGCUUCUGCUUAACGUCAGUUUCUUUGCCAGCCGCUUCCCUUACACCUUCGGCAAAUUUGUAUGGGUGGCGGUUUUAGCCUGGAGUUUUGCUAUCUGGACAGUGAUCCAUUUCUUUGCAAAGAUUGGUCGGGAUGAUCGAGACCCUUGCGGACCCGAGUUACCUUUGAAUGAAUGCCCCAUCUAUGGCGAGCUGGAUUGGCGCGACCCGCUCAAGACCGGCAUUCUAUUGGGCCUAGCCACAUUGCUUGCACCGCCUGUCCUAGGCGGCCUUUAUGCGGGAUUGACAUACCUGCGGGACAGGUGCGAUCCCAGGGCAAAGGAGUUGCGUGAGAGGCAGUUGUUGGCACCUUAUCUCAAGGAAGAAGGAGUUGACGAUGCACCUGAGAAGCUCUCUCGUCCUUGCCUUGCGUGUGGGUGUUCAUAG